AUGGGCCGGAUACCAUAUAGUGUGGUAGAGAACCCUCUCCGUAAGGGGCUACCCUCGAAUGUCCCACGCCACUGGCGUCAGGACCUCUUUGAAGCCUUCUUGAAGUUCCGAAUGGGAUCGAUCAACCCUCCCCCCGCGCGUUUGCCAGCGUCUGCUGCUGCCGAGCAGAGUGCCAGUGGAGUGAAUGAAACUGAUGUGUUCAACAGUUCUGGUGAAAAUGUCCGUCUGCCCUGUAAUAAUGCUCUUUCUGACUGCAACUCAACUACAUGGAUCUACAGUAACAGAUCCAUACAUUCAACAGCAGUUUCACUGAUUGAAUUAGGGAAAAAGAAGAAAAACACAGAGAGACAUGAGAGACUGAGUCUGGGGUCUGACUGCUCUCUGAACAUCAAGAACGUCACAGAAGAAGAUUAUGGAUUAUACACCUGCAGACGAUAUGUGAAUGGAGAACAACAAGGAACUGAUGCACGUGUUUAUCUGCAUGUUCUUCAUGUUUCAGUGUCUCUAUCAUCAUCAUCAUCAUCAUCAUCCUCACAGACUGAGAUCAGUCCAGGUCGCUCUGUGACUCUCUCCUGUCAGUUGUAUUCAUAUGAAUUCCCCUGUGAUAUUUUGGUCGAUUCUGAUGGACUUCAUCUGUCGUGGGUGAAUCAGGCUGGUGUUAAUCUGACGACAGACUCCAGAUAUCAGAUAUUAUUCUCAUCAGAUCACUGUAACAUCACUCUGACUACAAAACUCCUGAAUGAAGAUGACAACAGAGAGUGGAGAUGUCAGCUUACUCUCAGAAAUCAACUCCAGACCUCAGUCAGAUACACUGUCAAGUAUUCAGUCAGCAGCUCAAACUCUGAGAAGAAAUCAAGCCAAACUACAGCAGCAGCUCCUACACAAGUUGUACCAUCAACUACAUCAACAACACCGACUCCAACCUCUCUAGUGAUUGUGAUUGUUGUCGCUUCAUUCGCUGUUCUCCUUCCUGCUCUUAUUCUCUGGAUGAUUCGCAGAAAAAGAGACGAUAACAGAAGAGGAACUGAUGACUCUGAGGAUCAUCAAACACGACCUGUCUAUCCAACAGGACAGAACACUCUUCCUCAACAGGAGCAGACAGAUGAUCAUGUGACUUAUUCUGAGGUCACUGCGUACAGUAAAAACCAAGACCAAAAGAAGAAGGUUCGCUGUGAUGAUAAAGUGACUUAUGCUUCCAUCAGAGGAGCAAAAGCUGGAUCUCAGGAAAACUGCAGUGAACUUUAUGCCUCUGUGAACAAGAACCAUCACAAAUCAGUCAAAUAAUGACACAAAAACCACAUGAGCAGAAGAAUAUGAAUCUAAUAGAACUUUUUUAAUCGGGUAUGCUGUCAUGUCAAAACUGUGGCCGGUGCAUGCAUAUACUGUAAUUGGAUUUGUUUAUUAUAAGCUGAACGUCCGCGUUCACUCUAUAGUGUUAGAUAAUCAGUUGCUCUCUCUCUCUUGACACACAGCAACACAGUAAGAAGUAUUUCUAAUAUGUCGGAUCUUAUAUUGAAAGUAGCCUAUAUUUACCUGUUGAGACAUGCCUUCAUAAUCACCUGUAAGAGCUGGAAUUGCGUUUUUUGUGUCAGACGCGACACGCAAAGAGUCGUUUUGCAAAAUAUGCUGUAUUUUUUAUUCCUCUAGGAGUGCAGCACAAACUGCAUAGCCUAUGUCACCUUUGAACACGGCACUUUUUUUGAAAAUAGGCUAAUUUUCCAACUCUCCUAGAGUUACACAGUUGAGUUUUACCGUUUUCGAAUCCAUUCAGCCGAUCUCCGGGUCUGGCGGUAUCACUUUUAGCAUAGCUUAGCAUAGUUCAUUGAAUCUGAUUAGACCGUUAGCAUCUCGCAGCUUGCACUAAUUAUGAGAACAGCCAAAGCUAAAUGAUGAUGUAAGCAUUUAUCACAUGACAGGAAUAAUAAUUUAGUGUUUGAACCGCUUGAUCAGCUGCUUUCAGCAAUGCUUGUAAUAUUUUAUU